GUCUCACGCGAAACGCGACGCGCAAGUCUCGAAAGCUUGACCUCAAACUAUUAACGUCCAACUCUUCAUCCUUCACAAUGUCUCGCACUUCUUACGAUAGAUAUUUGACCGUUUUCUCUCCUGAAGGACGUCUAUAUCAAGUCGAAUAUGCCUUCAAAGCAAUUACAGGGUCGGGCCAUACAGCCAUUGCGGUGCGUGGCAAGGAUAGUGCUGUCGUGAUCACCCAGAAGAAGGUCCCUGACAAACUCCUCGACGCCUCCACCAUUACCCACCUCUUCAGCAUAACACCUACUAUUGGAUGCGUUAUGACAGGUCUUAUUGCCGAUGCACAGGCUCAAGUUACGAGAGCACGUUCAGAAGCUGCUGAAUUCCGAUACAAAUACGGAUACGAGAUCACGCCUGACGCCCUUGCACGACGUAUGGCAAAUAUCAAUCAAGUGUAUACUCAGAGGGCCGCUAUGAGACCGCUUGGCAUCUCCAUGAUCGUCAUCGGUAUGGACCCAGAAUACGGCCCUCAAUGCUUCAAACUCGAUCCUGCUGGAUACUUCGUUGGCUUCCACGCGACCGCCGCAGGUCAGAAGCAACAAGAAGCAAUGAACCAUCUGGAGAAGAAGUGGAAGAAACUCAAUUCAGGUCGAGGUGCUGACGAUGCUGUCUCGGCGGGCAAGUCUCUUAGCAGGUCCGAAGUGAUCGAGAUGGCGAUCGAAGCAAUCUCAACCGUGCAUGCGACGGACUUCAAGCCUGGAGAAGUUGAGGUUGGUGUCGUAUCACUAGGUGAUGAUGAGGACCCGAAGACCAGAGGACAAUGGCGAGUCAUGCCUGAAGAUGAGGUGGAGAGAUAUCUCCUGGCGUACGCGGAGAAGGAUUGACAUGUAUACGUAUACUUUGAAUGGACUUUCGCUCUAGUUGAGAUCAUACCAACGGCUUAUCAUACCUUGUAUAAGAGGGAGGUCUUUAACGUUAUUGUGUCAUCAUUCAGGUAAGAUAGACGUUAUUGAAUAAUUCGGUGUACAGUACGUUAGAGCGGAACGGUUCAGUAUCUUGAAGCACCGCCGCUCUGACCCCUUAUUGAGUAAACCGUGCACGACCAA